UGCGUGUGACCAAGUACGGAAGUACGGGAUGUUGGUCAGGAACGGAAUAGACUGACUGAGGGACGUACCAUUUCUUCGUGUAGGCGCGAGAAUGGCUGACGGCGAUAACAUCACACCAAAAGGUGCGCGCUCUAUCAAGCGUUGGUGAACGGGGAACUGACGGGACGGUGUGCCAAUGUACCAGCCUGCCCAGCGGGUAGACAUAUGCACAGAAAGCAUUAUCAUGCACAUUUUGGCACAGGCCAAGGUUGCUAGAGAUCGGUUCAGGCCGUGUGCGAUGACGCCAAUUAUUACUGAAAAUGAGGGGCAAGAACGCUGUGGGUGGGCAUCUUGGUCUUGCUGUGGUCAGACGUGACGUGACGAUUAGCCUAGUGAUCCGACCUUAUAAAUGAACUGUCUCUGCCUCCGCGGACACUUGUCUUCUGCACUCUUCUAUUCUUGCCUUCAAACCAUGCCGACAACUGACGCUCGACGGACCAUCUGGUUCAAGGAUGAUCCGCCUCCAGUUGGCCUGGCAAAUUCAACGCCAGACUCCAGUGCGAUCGGCCCAAGCCACGCAACUCAGUCGUCCACUGGCAGGGAAAGCAAUGAACGUCGGGACGGAAAAGGCCGCCACGAACGCCCUUAUUCGAAAAAUCAUACACCGAGACCCCUGGACGAUAUACACCGCUAAGGCUCUAGUUCGCGCCGGACACGAAGCUGCCCUUGCUAUACGCCGUGACGACCCUGCAAAAUUGGUCCAUAUUCAGACGACUCGAACAGACUUGGCCCUGGUCGAGAGAGCAGUACAGAAAGUCUCUCGGUUCGCUCAUCGCCGUUUUCUCUGUCUCCUUGAUGUGCUGCACCAUCAAUCAACGUGCUAUCUCGUGUGGGAACCGGCUGAGUUCGCUUUGGACCGCAUCUUGAUAUCCCGCUGCCGGAUUCAGGAAGACGAACUUGGCCAAUUCAUCCGACCGGUACGGGCACGCCUUUCGGGCAUCAGAGGAGCACUGACCGUUGGAAGAUUAUAGAAG